GCGGAGGCGGAGCCAGCAACUUCCCCGGCGCUUCCUUCCCUGCCUGGAUUGAGUGGAAAGAGAGAGAGAGAAAGGCGCGAGUGGGAAGAGAAGGAAAGCAAGGCAGCAAGGAAGGAGCCGGGGGUCUCCGGAUCGCGGGUGGAAGCGAGAGUGCGUGUGCGUGCCGCGGAAGGAGGGCGGAGAGGGCGCCCCAGAUGGGCCGGUGAGGGCGAGGAGGCGGGAGGGCCAUGCCGGAGGGGAGAGCCGCCCUCGGGAAAGGGACUCUCUGAAAUCCCGAGACGCCUCCCCCCCUCCCACCCCCAUGGAGCGUGGCAGCGGGAACAGCCCGGACUCGAGCCGGGGCCAGCGGCUGAGCGUCGGGGAGCUGCGCUCGCUCUUCGAGGCGCGCUGCGUGGCCGCUGCCCAAGGCGCUCCGCUGCCCGAGGCGCCGCAGAAGGGCUGCCUGCGGCCCCGCAACGGGGUGCUCCCGCCGGUCAUCCCGCAGCUGACGGUGACGCCGGAGGACGAGGAGGAAAGCGGCGGCAAGGGGGCCCCGCGGAGCCCCGUCGGAGGAGGAGGGUCCGGGCGAGGCGAGCCCGAGGGCGCCUGGCUGAGCACCGAGAGCGGCGCCCUCCUCCCCUCCGCGCGGCGCCUCUCCACCUCCUCGCUCUCCUCCACCGGCUCCUCCUCGCUCUUCGAGGACUCCGAGGACGACCUGCUCAGCGACACCGAGGGCAGGAGCCAGGGCAUCGUCCACCUCGAGCACGGCGAGGAGACCCACCAGAAAAAGGCAUGGCAGACCAUAAAAACUAUUGUCAAUUUGCCAAUCAUCAGCCCUUUCAAGAAGCGCUACUCUUGGGUGCAGCUGGCUGGUCACACAGGGAGCUUCAAGGCAGCGGAUGGUGGGACAAUUCUGAAGCGCUACUCAGAGAAUGAGGAGAAAUGUUUUGAGCUGCUCAUGAAAGAUCCACUGCGCUCCUGCGUUCCUAUCUUCCAUGGUGUGGUGGAAAGAGACGGCGAGUCCUAUAUCCAACUGGACGACCUCCUAGUUAACUUUGAAGGACCUUGCGUAAUGGACUGUAAAAUGGGAAUCAGGACAUAUUUGGAAGAGGAGUUGACGAAAGCAAGAGAAAAACCGAAGCUACGUAAAGAUAUGUAUAAGAAGAUGAUCGAUGUGGACCCUCUGGCGCCCACUGCAGAGGAGAACACACAACAUGCAGUGACCAAACCACGGUAUAUGCAGUGGAGGGAGACCAUUAGCUCCAGUGCAAACUUGGGCUUCAGGAUUGAGGGGAUUAAGAAGGCUGAUGGGAGUUGCAAUACCAACUUUAAGACAACCAAGACAUGGGAGCAAGUUUUCCAAGUUUUUAUGGAAUUCAUUAAAGAAGAUACAGCUAUAUUGAAAAAAUAUUUGAGACGUCUGUAUGAAAUUCGUGGUAUCCUUGAGUCUUCUGAGUUCUUCAGACGGCAUGAGGUAAUCGGAAGUUCACUGCUAUUUGUGCAUGAUGAUAGUGGGCAUGCCAAUGUUUGGCUUAUUGAUUUUGGAAAGACUACUCUUCUCUCAGAUGGACAGACCCUGGAUCACAGGAUCGCAUGGGAAGAAGGGAACCGGGAAGAUGGAUACUUAUUUGGACUGGACAAUUUGAUUGACAUCUUAGCAAGUAUCUUGGACAGAUGAGAGGAACUGACUCAAGUUCAUGAAAUGACUGCUCCUUAAGUUUUAUUUUUUUUUCAUAAUCAAUCCCUCUGCUAGAGGUUAAGCCUUUUAAAACUUGCCAUACUCUGGGGACACAAGAACCUAGGAUGCUGCUGGAGAAAGAAAUAGAAGUGUAGAGCCCCCAUGCAGUGAUCUGGAAUGCAACUGGAUGGAUUCAGUUUUAUGGAACUACAGAAUGAAUCUUGAAUAUUUACACAUUGGAUCGGGACCAAGUCAUUGGUUCACUCUUGAACCAAAUCAUUCUAGAUUGCCUUUUAGCAACUUGGAAUAAAUGUUGCUUGCCUCAAGUGAGACAGAAGAGACCAGAUCUCUUCUGGGGAGGAGUCGUCUUCAAAAUUAAUAGACAGGCUUCUUUUCUAUUUCUCACCCCAUACAAAGAGAUGUCCAUAUUCCAGGGGUUUCCUUGAAAUACCUUUUAGAAAUGUAAGGCCUUCAAGCUUUCAUUUUAAAGUAAUAACAAUAAUAGCAAUUUGGUUCCUAUAGUGCAGGAAAUUUUGAAAAUGUACAUAAAAUGCUGCUCAGCCUUCAGAAACCAAAAGGCACUUGGGGCUUCUACUAGCCAAUUCAAGUGUAUAUUUACCCUUAUUCUUCUCGCACCCCUUCUGGUCUUCCCAGCCUAUCUUCCCCUCCCAAUCUGUUUUCUCUCCCUGUCCCCUCUCAUGCCUAGUUUUUCUAUUCCCCUUGCCAAAAUAAUGUGCAUUUUGCCAGUUGCAGAAACAAUCCCUGCUCUAAAUGUUUUAUGCAAAUCCAGCCUGUAGUCUUGCCCACAAAAUUGCAGUCUAAAGAAAUCCAUGCAAAAGGUGUGAAUUUGCAUGGCUUUGUACUGUGCUCAGAGUUGGUUUGAUUGAAUAUCCAUUUCCUUUGCUUAUAUCAACCUGGGGAGUUCUACGUAAAUAUCAUCAGCUGUCAUACCUUGAAAAAAGGCUAAAAAUGGGAGAAUUGAGUCUGCAUUUGAUUUUGCACUAGUGCCUCCAUAUUUUCAUCUGUGACUCUUGUUAUAACCUGCUGGAUUUUUAAUUGUGUUAUGCAAGAAAUGCUACACAUUCCAGGAAGAAAGCAUCAGUGUGCUUUGAAAGUGGCUUAGAACAAUUUUAGAGAAGCUUGUGCUGGCCCAGAAAUGACCUCUUUUUGCCAGCUGGCAUUGCACCUGAAUGUCUGAACAUCUGAAGGAUUACAUCUUACUGGCUUAGUUGAGCUAGUGAAGGUAGUACUGACGCAUGUAGUUUACACUGAAAUGUUUCAUGUUCAAGGAAUCAGAAUGCCAAUUUUGUUGCUUGGUGUAAAAGUUUGUUUAGCUUUGACUGAUUCCAGACCUGUUGCUUCUACAUGAAUAUAUUGGCAGAGUAAAAAGAAAUAGUUCUCUUUCUAAAGAGAGAGAAAGAGAGAUACACUGAAGACUUGAAACAGAAGGUGCUAGGUACUUUGUUUGGGAAAGUAUUAAGAUCUACUUAGUGUAUCAGUUGAAUGUGGAAUUUCUACAGCAACCACAUAUUUUUGCAGCAACAAAUCAGUUGUGAAAGUGAUGGCUUAUGUGACAGAAAAUACUGUAAUUUUCAUCCUUUUCUUCUAUGAGAUAGCAAGGCUUAAAGUUACUAACAAAAAGUAUCUUGGAUUGAUCUUACAGAACAUUUUUUCUUAUGUUUUGCAGCCUAGCCAUAAAGUUUCAUUAAUCAUGUGAUGCAUAAUGAAACAUUUGCACUAUUAGUGACUAUAAUCUGAUUUCCAUAUGUGAGCACCUGAAGUUCUUAAUAGUCUGGAUGGCAAAGUUGCGAAGAGGGCGGCCUUUAUGGGCACCUCAUGCAGACUCUGCUUUAAUGAUCUGGGUAAUUUUGCACAAUCCAGCGUGUUGCUUGUUACAACUUUACAGGGCCUGAGUAUCCCUAUCACACUUUAUACACUAAUGCCCAUAGCUGUUAGUUUUCAUAUUUGUUUUUCAUUGUGCAAAUAUGGGUAGUAAAGGAAAAUAGCCCAUUACAUCACCCUCCUUAUAAGACCUUGGUUAGAAAUUUGUCUGGCCCUCCAGGUUUUGAUGAAGUGAAACUUCUAGCAUUCCUCACCACAAGUUAUGCUUAAUAGAACUAAUGGGAGUUGUAAUUCAGCAUCUGGAGAACUAUAUGUUUCCCAAAUCUCUCCUUCAGUUAUUAGUAUAAUAGAAUUUUAGACCAUCUACUCCAACCCCAAAUACACAUUUACAGUACUCCUGAAAUGUGUCUAUCUAACUUUGGUCAAAGUGCUCCAAAGAAGAAGUACCCAUCACCCUCCAAAGUACUUUAUUCCACUGUUGAACAGUUCUUAAAGUAAAGAAAUUGACAUCUCUUUUUUUAAUACCUUGAAUCCUGCUUUGUGUUCUAGUCUCCGGAGCAGCAUGGCUUCCCUUCAGAUUUUUCUGAAAGGUUAUUUAUCACACCAUUUCUCAAUCUUCUGUUCUUCAAGCUAAACAUAUACAAAUCCCUAAGUUGUUCCUUAUGUAAGAAUUGGCCAUCUUGUACUGUGACACUUGUUUGGUGUCAGUUGUCACAAAACUAGUUCCAGCAGUGACAGUAGCAACCAUGUGUGUUGCUGCCUCUGCACAGACUACAGAAAAGUUGGCUGAGGUUGGGCAGGAGCAGUGACUCUCUCUUGAUUUGAUGCCAUUUUUGGUGCCAGGCUUUAGGAGGCUGUAACACAGUUGGAAGAGACUGCUUGAGUUGACUGUCCCAUCAGGCAUUUUUUCAGCUGCUUUACCAUAGCUAGGGUUAACCCAUAGGAUUUAAGCCUAAAGUGCAGUAACUUGAAAAAAAUCUCCAUAGCUAUGGCAACGGGGUUUGUAAUUCCAUGUAGCAGAGAUAGGGAAUAUGUGACCCUACAUUUCUUGUGUGGAUUGCAGCUCCUAUGAUUUCUGACCAUUUGGUAUGCCAGUGUAGUGCUGGUGGGAGAUGCAUCCAUCAACAGUUACAGGGCCUCAUUUCUCUAAAGCAGAGCUAAGUAACCCAGCGUCCUUCAUAUGUUUUGAACUACAUGAUCCCCGACCAUGCUGAUCAGGAUGUGAGUUAUAGUCCAAACUAUAGGAAGAGUGCCAGGCUGCCUACUGCUAUCAUAGAAAAUAUAAAAAUGUGGAACUUUAUUUUAAAAAUGGUUUCAUCUUUUACCUUCAGUGACGAAAGUAUGAAAGACCUAUUAUACUGUUUAAUUCCAUGAAUUAUACUUCAGUGAUGGGGAAUCAUGCUUCAAAUGGUUGUGGACUUUAGCCACAACACUAUUUUUUUGUAACCAGAUAAAAAGCCUUGUCUUAUUUGUAGAGGAUGUUGCUCUGAACACUACAUUGCAAACAACUGUAUAGGCAUCUUAACUGUAUAGGUUGAGAAGUUUAAUAGUUCCAGUUCAAUAAAAAUUUCACUGAA